UGCAGGGGCAGAAAUUGAAGCCAUUUAUUGGAAAUUAAAAUGGAGAAAAUGGAGGAUGGUGAUUCCCUAUAUCUGCAGCUUCACAAGCUAUCAUCAGUAGCAACAAAGGAAGAAGAUGUUGAGCACAUCCUUACUUCUCUCUGGAAAACCAGAAGAACCGGUCUCCCUUCUCCCCUUAAAUCCCGCUUUCAAUCUCUCCUCGAUCUCCCUUCCCUUCCUCAACUCGAUCCCGUUUUGGCAUGCCUUCGUUCGAUUAUCAGAAAAUGUGUACAUGAGAAUAUGAGCAGUGAUGAGCUGCUGAAGCUGUUUCCACCUGAUUUAUCCCUUGAUUUGCAAACCACUCUUAUCACUUUGCUCCUCAAGUAUCGAAUUCAAUGGAAGCAGGAUGAUUUAGCUACAACCGAACAGCAUUCGUUGCCGAGGACUAGUGUUUUUGGGAUUGGUGGCCCGCCGUCGUUUACGGCUGAGGUUCCGACGCAGCUUUGGCCUCGUCAAGAUGAUACUAAUGGACGUUUUAAUCAUAAUGGUUUUGAGGAGCCUACGUCAAUGAUUGCUGAAACUGCUGCCUCAGUUUUUUCCCAGCAUCAUGUUACUCCUCUUGACAACAUGGCUAAUGUACCUCGCCUCAAAUCAAUGACAUGGACCGCAGAGAAUCGCAACCCUUCAUCAGCUAAUAGAGUUGCCAUCAUAACUCUCAAGCUUCAAGAUUACAGCAAGUCUUCUUCGGGAGAAACAGAAGUGAAAUUUCAGCUUAACAGAGACACGCUUGAAGCUAUGUUAAGAUCAAUGACCUACAUCAAUGAGCAGCUUUCUAGCAGGGGUUGCAAGCUUGGAACAAGGAUUGUCAUGGAGGUGCUCAUCUUUCUUGACCUUAUUUGCGGGUUGUCAAAUCUCAACAAUAUGUCAACCUUGGUUGGGAGCUCUUCUGGACCAGCUCAAAAGAAGCAAAAGCAGUAGAUCCAUGGGAGCUCUUCUGGACCAGCUCAAAAGAAGCAAAAACAAUAUUUUUUUGGCCAGGUUGGGAGCUCUUCUGGAUUCAUUCAGUUGCUUGUUGUGCCAAAAAAAUUUCAAUUGGGGUGACCCACCAAAAGUGCAUUAUACGAGCCAUGCCCUAUUGUUUAGAGUAUUUUUAGCAGGAUAGGUAUAAUUUCUGCAAAAUCUGUGCACCUAGUUUAGGUAUCCUUGUUUCCUAAAACUGUAACUGCCUGCUCUUUUGAGGGUGUAUUCUAUUUUCUGUGUAAACCAAAAUCCCCAUUUUAGGAUCUAUGAUCGUGGGGCAAGAAAAUGCUAAGAAUAAUAGUGUUUCCCAGUGCCAUGUCAUGAUAUUUUGAGGUGAUCUAAUCCGAUUACCCAAUACAUCUAAAACAACUAGGUUUUGUGACGGAGCUUCACUCCUGACUCUCUUUUUUACCCAUUAUUAAGCCUUUUUUUCUCCUUUCAA